GAAGAGAUUGCUUGGUCAGAGGCUUGUUAUAACGGCACGCCACUUCCUCAUGCACAUCGAGCCGGCCUGCUCCAGGGUUGCACCGAUAGCAGCUCCCCUCGCGCCCGGCGAUCCCACUCAGUGCCCGCAUCGCGCCAGGCUCCAACCAGAUCCAGGUCCGUUCCUCCAGCCGGAUGGCAAACAGCCGGAUUCACACACUCCGCACUGCCACCCUCCUCCUCGCCACCAUCUUCGGUUCGGUGAAUGGACUGAACGGAUGUGAUGACUGUUAUCGAAUCGAUGGAGGUGUAAUUGCUGGGGUCAUCGCUGCUGAUGUGGUCAUUACCGUCAUCAUUGCCGGGACCAUUUAUUACUUCGCCAGGAGAGGAGCGAUAAAGACAUCCAGAGGUAGCAGCCAGCAGAAGCCCAGCCAAUCGCAACCGGACACAGAGUCACCGUAUGAGGUACAGACUGAGGACAAAGUCAAAGAACUGUCGCAGAUUUGUCGAACAUGA